GUAGUGAACAUGGACAUUGUGUGAGAGUACAUGCUUCUACAUACAAGUGUCAGUGUAGCGUUGGCUGGCAGGGAACUGACUGUUCGCAAGUAGAUUUACAUGCUCUUGAGCUGCACUGUCAACAUCACUGUCAUCAUGGACAUUGUUGUGAGAGACUCUGAAUUCUUCUUACAAGUGCCAGUGUAGCAGUGGCUGGGCAGGGAACACACUGUUCGCACGAAAUAAUACCUUCCGGGGCAUACUCUUCUGAUCACGAGUGCCAUAGACAAUGCAGCCGGCAUGGCAGCUGUGUACAUCACUCAUCUGGCCACGGUUACAUCUGUCAGUGUGCCUCUGGGUGGCAUGGCACGCACUGUGAACUGGAAAAUGCACCUUCCGUGUCACACACGCAAACGCAUGACUAUUGUAACGGUCACUGUGGUAGCCAUGGAAAAUGUGUAUCAAGUCAUUUUGAUCAUCAUGGUUAUAGUUGUCAAUGUGAGUCAGGAUGGCAUGGAACGUACUGUACACAGCAAUAUACAUUUUCCGGGUCACACACGCAAACGAGUGACUAUUGUCACGGUCACUGUGGUAGCCAUGGAAAAUGUGUAUCAAGUCAUCAUGCACAGUGAUCGUUGUCAGUGUGAUUCAGGAUGGCAUGGAACGUACUGUACACAGCAAUAUACAUCAAGUGGCACAACGCAUUGCGGCAAUAUCUACUGCGUGCACGGAGUUUGCGCACAUAACAGUAUAUAUACGAGUUUAUUUGGUUUCUCAUACCAUUGUAAUUGUAACCAUGGAUGGCAUGGUCAGCAUUGCGAUCAACAAAUAUCAACGGCAAAAACAACAAAAAAGACGACGACUUCAACAACAACAACUACUACUACAACAACAACAUCCACAGUAGCACCGACCACAACCGUGCCGACCACAACAAGCGCUCCAUUUACCGCGGCACCAAUUUUCUAUCGCUGUAACCACGUCAGCACCAUUGUGGCAGUUGCUUAUCAAACUCCUGUUUCUAACCCAAACGCUUCAAUAUGUGCGCACGGACAGCAGGCGUCUCACGAAGCGUUUGUUCUCACGGAAUGUGAUGUACCUACAACUCCAGCCACAUGGAAACAGGGUGUCAACGUAAUGUCACGCUGUGCAAGCUCGAAUCCUAUACCGUACGACACACCUAUAGCAAGCUUUGACCACGGACUUUAUUCGUCAGCUGGCAGUCUCUCAGGGGUGUUUCUCGGGUGUACAAGUGAUGGGUUCAAGAUUGCGUUCCAAACAUGCGGUCAGGCGCCUGAAAUGACCGAACUUCUGCAAGGACAUCACUUUAGCCAGAAUCCAGUCAAUUACUUCACAAUAUCUUAGAUAUCUGAAAUGAAUUUAUAUUGCAAUAAAAAUCUGCUGUA